AUGUGCUUUGGCACGGCUGCAGCGUACGGUACGCCCCUCGUUGUUCAACGGACUGACUGUUACAACAAAGAUGGCAUGACCUCGCCUCCGGAAAUGGCCACAAAGAAAUCUAUUCUGAGCAAGAAGGGCCCUGUUUGCGUAGGGUUGGGACUUAAAGCUGCGUACCAGCGGCGUCGAAUGUCGGGGAUAGCUUGGAUGGCUAUCGCCAUGUUCGCUGGCGUCGUCGUAAUCAUCGCUCUGGUCUACCUCUACACUCUCAAAGUCAGGCGGUCCAAAGAGCGAGCGAUUCGCAAAGCUCAGGACGACGAGCUUUUUGGCGGCGUCAUACGGAACCCAAUCAGUAUCCCACAAUAG